GUCAUGUCCCUUCUAUCACACUUUUGUCGGCGUAUCCGAAUGACAGGGCCGCUACACGUGGCAGAGCUGAUGCACGAUGUUAUCAUGGAUCCUAAACACGGAUACUACCCCCAGGCUGCAAGCAUAGGACACAAAGGUGAUUUUAUAACUGCCCCUGAACUAACGCCCGUAUUUGGAGAGAUUAUCGGGGCUUGGUCCCUCCUCUACUGGCAGCAAGCCAAACUACCUCCUAAAAUUCACUUCACAGAGCUGGGUCCCGGUAGGGGUACUCUCAUGAGAGAUAUUAUAGACACAGUCGGGAUUAUCGGGCCUGCUUUCUUCGGCAAAGCUCCCAAAUUAUCAGCUAGUCUUGUUGAAUUGAGCGAAAAGUUUAUAGCUGAGCAGGAGGAGAUGUUGUGUGGUAACGUUAGGAACACAAUAACGCCCCAACAUAUAUUCGAUAAUCACAAUUAUUUGUCUCGGACGGGACUGCACAAGGCUAAGUUUAAGUGGUACUCAAUGUUGGACCACGCUCCCGAUGAUAAGCCUUCACUUUACAUAAUGAACGAGUUUUUGGAUGCUCUACCGGUUAACCAGUUUCAAAAGACGGAAGAAAAGGGUUGGGUUGAGAUAAUGGUGGAUGUUGAGCCAGAUAUGGACAAGCUUUUCUACACCACCUAUAAAACUGGGAAAAGUAUUAAGAUAGAUCAGGACAAGGAGUUCGCUCUUUUACCAGUUGGUUCCCAAAUCGAACACUCGCCAGCAUCAGACAUGCUCGUAACUUCACUGGCUGAACGUAUCGCCAAAUCGGGCGGUGCUGCUUUGAUUAUAGACUACGGAGAAGACCAGUUGAGUACUGAAUUGACUUUCAGAGCUUUCAAAAACCACCAACAAGUCAACCCUCUUGAAGACCUGGGAUUAUGUGACUUGACGGCAGAUGUAAACUUUAAAGACUUGAAAAAGUCAAUUGCUGAUGUGAAAGGAGUAAAAGCUCAUGGACCGAUCACCCAGUCCUCAUUCUUGACCCUGAUGGGGGUCGGGGAGAGGUUUAAGCAGCUUUAUUCCCAAGUACCUGAGGAUAAACAAGACAGUGUUAUCCAUGCUCACAACUUCCUUUGUAGUCCCGAUGAAAUGGGCGAUCGGUUUAAAGUUUUGUGCAUCACAAGAGAGUCUGAUCCUGUCCCUUUCUGUUUUGAAGGAUCUUCUUCUUAAAACCUUUUAGUGUCGAUUAGAGACUUUUCUUUUGUGAAUUGUUGUUGUUAUCUUGGACAAUGGAUAUGUAAUUACGGUUUUGUUCAGGAAUUAAUAACAUUAAUAUUUACUUAGAUAGUUACUCAAAUAAAUUCAAUUGAAGUUUACAGGGUUACAAUUGAACUAUUUUAAGUAACUAUAUUUAAGUUAAGUUACAAAUAGUAGACCCGCUUAAAUUGGUACACACUCCAGCUUGUGUCCAUUUUCCCCGACCCGCCAACGAAUAAAAGCACUCCAGUUAACUUAACGAACGCGCUGAACGGUUUUGUGUAUCGAAUAGCACUUUGAAUAACGUACGGACUUAUCAGCAGUGAUUCAUAAAAUACAAUUCUGCUACAGUUCUCACUUCUCAUCGAUGUCUCAAAAAUCCAUUUUGCAUAAUCUUCGUGCGCUACGAUAUCAAUGCAGGCGAGGGUCGUUCACAUAUUAAACGUAAUCACUUUUUGGAAAAUUGUUACCCCCCUCCCUUCGUAAUAUGUGAACGACCCCUAAUAGGUUAAGAUGACGUGGUUGGUCUUUAAUAUGGAACUUGCUUUUAUUGAACUGUACUCAGUCCAUGUUGUUGUAGGUAAUGAUUUUAAAAUCAUUUGUUUCGGGUAUACUGCUACCUGCGAUUGUUUUUAAUUUAACCUUUUUGUGAUGUUAAAGUUAUUACAUGUUGAGUGUUGACCCUCAUUGUCUUACCCUGAUUAAACUAUAACGACUCUUCAGGCUUCCUU